AUGCUUGAGAUGCGGGUAUGGAUGUGGCUGGGAACAAAGUCUUUUAUUCAUCGAAUGAGUUUUCCCAACUCGACGAGGCUAGAAAGUUAUGCUGUUACUGUUUAGUAGAAUGUGAUACCUGGGACGUUUGCGAGGUUUUGGACUCGAGUUAUAACUACGUGUUGCUUAUCGAUCUCCCUUUGUUGCAGCAAAUAAGAAAGCUACCAUCGCAUAUUUCAGUCAUUGUGCCUUUGAUGAGCAUACCGGAAGAAUUCUACGGAUCUGAUGUUACUAUAUGGAUUCAGGUGACACGAGGCCUGGCCUUGAGCGGGUUAGAGCUUCAGAAACUAUCAACAUAUCCUAACUUGAAGCUAUAUGUGACGGAAAUAAGCGAUGCACUAAGGUGUUUAUUAUUAAACUGUAAAGAAGUGGUCGUUCAAGAUACCCAGUUGGUGCCACAAAUACUGACAAUCGAACGAAAUCUACUGAAACUAUACCAGAACAGCCAGUUCAUAAUCACCCCGUUGAAUCCACUAGCAGACAACUUGUCAGUCCAGGUGUAUGAGCAGUUUCAAAAAGACAAGAUCAAGUAUCAACAAUACGAGGAUGCCAUUGAGCUAGCUAUCCAAGACUUGAAAACACAGUAUACGGACUUGAGGGUGUUGGUUAUCGGGGCUGGAAUGGGUAAUUUGGUGGACUCAGUUUUCAAGUUUUGCAGCCAUAUAACUGUGAUUGAGAAAAACCCACAAACCAUAGACAUCCUUCGGCGCAGAAACCACAAUGACUGGAAUAGCGAAAUUGAUCUAAUAUUUGACGAUGUCCGAAACGUUGAUGUAGGGGACAAAUAUCAUCUUGUGGUGUCUGAAAUGUUGGGUUCUUUUGGCUGCAACGAAUUAUUCCCCGAAAUUUUACAGCGUAUCAAGCCCCAAAUAAUGAUCCCUGAAUACAUAACCAGCAUUGUUGCCCCCAUAUAUUCCACAAUUGUGAACCAUACAGUUUUUCUCAAUAACUUAAGAAACUAUUAUCGUGUUGCCGAUUAUCAACGGGUUUGGGAGUACAAUUAUCCAGGACAAAACGACAAUGAGCACCAAUCAGAAUUUCAAUUUCCUGUUCAAAUAGACGGAAAAGUAAACGCAUUUGAAGGCCUUUUUCGAGCAGACCUAUAUGGAAAUAUUGGUAUCACCAACAUGAAAGGUCCAAACUACUGCAAUUCAUGGUUCUCUAUGGUGUUCCCCAUAGAUGAAAUAAUCGUGAAAAAGGGGGACCUUCUAAAGGUGAGGUUCUCUAGGAUAAGCCGGAAUAGAGUCUGGUAUGAAUGGCAAGUCAAUGACAUUAAUUAUAACCAGAGUGGGGCAUUCAGUAUGGAAUUAUAGGUUUUUUUGGCUCUUCUUUUGCAUCUCUUCCUCUCGAGGUAUGCUUCAGAGUACUGGAUCGGUGCCUGGAAUGGUGUGAAUCAGUUCGGUGUUUUCUGUCUCUGUGCAGACUGGAAGAGGAGUGCCUAUGUUUAUGACUCUCUAACCGUUCAUUGUUUCUUGUUGGCGAUCUGUCCCUACUAUCCUGUCGUUUCUGUAUCAUGUUCUUCUUGAUACUCGCCAUAGGAUCGAGCUCUUCGAGCCUCCUUUUAGUUUUAUCAAUAUUAUUGGUCUUUAUUACUGUUGGAACCGGUUUCGGAACUUGAGUAGCUUCCUUGGUCCCUCCUGUAGGAUCAUCAUACAUCCAAUCGAGCUUGUUCAACUUUAAUUUAUCAGAUUUACUCAACUCAUUAUUGUUCGUGUACUUUAACCCAAUCAAUCCUAGAGUCUGCUGCUCUUUUUCCAAUUCUUCUUCUCGUUCCUUAAUCUUUCUAAACUCAUUAAGAGUUUCUUGUUCUUUUUUCCAGACCUUGGUUUGGUUUUUAACAAGGGCUGGAUUCCAGGAUUUUUUUAAGUUAAGAUCACCAGGCAUUGUGGUCUGAAGAAAAAAGAUGAGAUGCGAUGCGAAGAUAAGGUAUCUUGUGUGACACAUCAGUUUCAUAGUCCUCUAUAACAAAAGGUGAACACAUACGGCUAUCUACAAUGGAAUAUAACUAUCAAUGCAAGCAUUAAACAACCUAAAUCAUAAUUCACGUUAUUUUCUGGCAGAGUAUUGAUAAUAUGGUGUGUAUCUUUCAAAAUGUGUAUCAUUAACAUCACUUAGCCAGUGUGUUCGCUAACUUCUAUACAAACCUCCAAAGUGAAGUUGAACCAGCAAACUCAGAAACCAUGAAUCUUGAUGUUCUUCUUUGGUAUUUGUAACUGAGAAAUCAAGAAUUCAGCAACCUUAACUCUUUGGUCACCUUGUAAUUGGAUAACUUCACCCAUAUCUUCGUCUUUAACGAGGUUACCGUUACAUGCGAAGUCUUUCUUCAACACCUUCAAGAUCUUCUUCAAGUCAUACUCCAGUGGAAGACCUUGAACAGUUGUCAAAGUCUUUCUACCAUUUCUUUGUUGGAUUCUGAUAUGGAUGUAAUUGGUAGCUUGAGCUUCCGAAUCACCAGUGUCGGCGAAAGGAUCGAACGAGUUUAAGUUUUGGAUAGUUGACAUGCAAAAAUGUGCUAGUCCUUAUUUGAAUAAAAAAGAGUAUGUAUUCCUUGAC